CCCGUAGUUACGUCAGAGAAUAUAACUUGUCUUUUUGGCAAGAUGGCUACUGAACCAAAUAAGACUGAAAUCCUUACCAUUUUUAAACGAUUAAGAUCUAUUCCCACAAACAAGGCAUGUUUUGACUGUGCAGCAAAAAACCCAAGUUGGGCCAGUAUUACAUAUGGAGUGUUCUUAUGCAUCGACUGCUCUGGAAUCCACCGUUCCCUGGGAGUGCACCUCAGUUUCAUCAGAUCUACAGAGUUGGAUUCCAACUGGAACUGGUUUCAGCUAAGAUGUAUGCAGGUUGGUGGCAAUGCCAAUUCGACUGUCUUCUUUCGGCAACAUGGGUGUGCAACAAAUGAUACCAAUGCCAAGUACAACAGCCGGGCUGCCCAGAUGUACCGGGAGAAGAUUAGACAACAAGCCAAUUCUGCAUUGGCCAAAUAUGGAACCGAUUUGUGGAUAGAUACUUCUGGAGGAGUGGUUGCAAGUGUUGCCCCGGAGAAAAAAGCAGCUGACUUCUUUGCAGAGCAUACGCAGGCUGCAAACGACUGGUCCAUGGCAUUCCCAUCGCUUUCAGAGCAUAAUGGAGCCAUGGUCACUCCCCAGCUCAUGGAUACAAUUGCAAAGACCCAGGAGCCCAUCAAACAACUGGAAGAAGGCCCAAGCAUUGAUGGACUGGGUUCAUCCCCUAAAGCUGCCAUUGAUGUAAAACCGUCCCUCAUUGGAAAGAAAAAGCCCAUGACCACUAAAAAGGGGCUGGGGGCCAAGAAAGGCCUGGGUGCCCAGAAGGUGAGCAGCAAGAGCUUCUCGGAGGUGGAGAAGCAGGCGCAGGUGGCGGAAAAGAUGAGGGAGGAACAGCUGGCGGAGGCCAAGAAGAAUUCUGAGGACUCCAUCGUGGCCUCCAUGCGUCUGGCCUACAAGGAGCUGGAGAUCGACCGGAAGAUGGAGGACAAGAAGAUCCAGAACAUGGAGGGCAAGAAGAGGGAGCAGGCCGAGAGACUGGGCAUGGGCUUGGGCCACCGCAGCGCCAUGUCUCACUCUGUGAUGUCGGAGAUGCAGGUGAUCGAACAGGAGACUCCUGUGGGGAUCAAGUCUUCCACACGCUCCAAACUUGACCUGUUUGACGAGCCGGGCUUCACAUCUGGUCCCCCUAAAUACAAGGACAACCCGUUUACCGUGGGAGACAGUUUUGGGUCCCGCUGGGACACUGAUGGAGGUACAGCCUCCUUUAGCGCCUCCUGGGCUCUAGACAAAGAGGAGCCCAAAGAAGAGGUCACCAUUUCAAGCAUCCAGCCCAUAGGAGAGAGGCUACCCAGCAGGAGGAAAGCGGAGGUGUCCGCGCCUGUGGCCGAGUCCAGCGAGGCUCGACAGAAGUUUGCCAACGCCAAGGCCAUCUCCUCAGACAUGUUCUUCGGCCGGGAGAGCAGUGCGGACUAUGAUACCAAGACAAGACUGGAGAGCAUGUCUGGAAACAGUGCCAUCAGCUCAGCUGACCUGUUUGGAGAGAACUCGGACCGCUCAGCAGGGGCAUCGAGCUUAGACAAUGUUCUUCCUUCUGGCCCGGACAUCGCACAGUUCAAACAGGGAGUAAAGACUGUGGCGGGCAAGAUGGCGGUCCUGGCCAAUGGUGUCAUGAAUACCAUCCAGGAUCGCUAUGGUUCUUAUUGAGGCAUGGAACGGAGUGACCCUCAUCUAUCUGACGAGAAAGAUCUAGUACAAGCGAGGGCAGAGCGUGAACCUGUCUCCUGAGUGACCCUGGCAUACCCAACGGACGAGAUGGAUCCAGCCGACCGGUCUGUGUUUGAGGUGACGAGACAGCUGUGGAAAAGCGACAUCCUCGUUAUUCACUGUCUGAGGACAAUUAUCCGGAGAGAGGCAGUAUUGGUGUUUUCUCAGGCUCGCCUGUGGAAUCUUGAUUUCAAAAUGAGUUUGAGAUGAAAACUGCUUUAUUUUAUUCACAAAAAUAUGGUGUUAAUUUUAUUGUCAUGUGAUUACUUUUAUUUAGUCAUUGAAAUUGAGAAUUAUCCUUUGUUUUUCUAACUCAAGAAAAAAACAUGAGGUUCCAUUGCCACGUUUCUCCAGUAAACAUUUAUUUUGCUCUAGGCACAGACAGGCAAGAAGCUAACGGCGUGAAUAGACGUUGUCCCCUCCAUUGUCUGUUGUGUUGUGGGACACCACCUCAGCUAGGUUGUGUUUUACCUCAGUGUUUUCUCCCACUAACAGUGGAAGAUGUAUCCCAUCACCAAGAGGGACCAUCUCAAUUUGUUUAUAGGGUUUUAUUGAUGUUUGCGAUGAUUGUCUGAACAGCAUUGACUUUUGAGUGAGAUGUCUUUAUUUUAAGAUAACUAUUAACCUAGAUGUAUAUUUUUUUUCAAUCAUGUCCUCCUAUAAAGCUGCACCAUUGCUCAUCUGGGACAAAGCCAGCAGGUUGCGUCUAUCAAAAGAAAAGUUUGUCUACUGGUAACUUCCACUUCUGUACUAAAAUAAGCAUACAGAAUUGUUUAAAGUAUAGCAUGAAUGCAAUGUGGAACUUUGUUUUUAAUAGGUUACCAGAUAAUAAACCUUUUAAGAUAUUCCUA